CUCUGGCAACCCUGGUUGAGGGGGACUCUCAGCUGAUUUUUCUGAUUGGACCGUGGAGUUGCAAGUUUUAACGUUUUUUGUUCGGUGGGCGAACUUUUUGCGCUUGAAAAUGCCAGUUCGCAGCGCCAGAGCGUCGAGCAAGGUAUGAUGCAAUCCUCGGACCAUGUCCCUCUUCACAAAGGCGAAUAUCAUACGCUUCCUAGCCGGCGCGAUAUGCUUGUUGCUGGUGCUUAACUUUGUGGGCUUCCGCACCGACGGAGGCAGCGGCACUUCCCUCAGCAAGCUCAGCAUUCGGCGCGUGCAUAAGUAUGCUCAUAUCUACGGGAACGCUAGCAGCGAUGGAGCCGGAGGCGGAGAAGCAUCCAGGCUGCCCGCUGCCCCGCUCGCCUUAUCCAAAGACAGAGAGCGGGACCAGGAGCUCCAUGGCGGACCCAACUCUACCAUAAGAACUGUGAUUGCCACGGCAAACUUUACUUCCAUUCCACAAGACUUAACGCGCUUCCUGCUGGGCACAAACAAAUUAUUGCCCCCGGGACAGAAAUCCACAUCCGCCCUCCUUGCAAACUGCACUGAUCCCGAUCCCCGUAAUGGUGGACCCAUCACGCCUAACACGACACUGGAGUCACUGGACGUUAUUGAAGCAGAGCUCGGACCUCUCCUGCGCCCUGGUGGCGCCUUCGAGCCAGAAAACUGCAAUGCCCAGCACCACGUGGCCAUUGUGGUGCCCUUCCGCGAUCGAUACGCCCAUCUAUCAGUUUUCCUGCGCAACAUCCACCCAUUUCUGAUGAAGCAGCGCAUUGCCUAUCGCAUUUUCAUUGUAGAGCAGACCAACGGAAAGCCCUUCAAUCGGGCUGCCAUGAUGAACAUUGGUUAUUUGGAGGCCUUAAAGCUGUACCAGUGGGAUUGUUUUAUAUUCCACGAUGUCGAUCUUCUGCCGUUGGACGACCGCAAUCUUUACAACUGUCCACGUCAGCCGCGGCACAUGUCAGUGGCUAUAGACACGCUGAACUUCAGGUUGCCUUAUCGAUCAAUAUUUGGAGGUGUAUCCGCGAUGACGCGUGAGCACUUUCAGGCCGUAAAUGGGUUCUCUAACUCGUUCUUUGGCUGGGGCGGCGAGGAUGACGACAUGUCCAACAGGUUGAAGCACGCCAACCUAUUCAUAUCAAGGUAUCCGGUCAACAUAGCCCGCUACAAGAUGCUCAAGCAUCAGAAGGAAAAGGCCAAUCCUAAGCGCUAUGAAAACUUACAGAACGGCAUGAGCAAAAUAGAACAGGAUGGAAUCAACUCGAUAAAGUAUGCUAUCUACAGCAUCAAGCAAUUUCCAACCUUCACUUGGUAUUUAGCUGAGCUAAAGAACUCCGAGCGCAAAAGCUAGCCUGCAUAAAAGACAACGUAACAAUACGUGACCUUUCCAACUCUUAAAUAUGCGUAUGUACAAAGGACAACAUUACUUUCACGAACGGUAGUCUCUUUUAAUAGAAUGACAGAUCAUGGCGGCAUGGUUAGAAUAUUAGGCACAUAUUGUGUAUAUGGUAGUAAGUCCAGUAACUAUACUCAUAUUACGAUGUAGUAUACUUUUAAUCCAUCAUUUAGCUUCAAUUCGUAAUCCAAGAACAACAAUAAGAACUCGUCUCUGUAGCAAUAAUCCUCCCGUUCACUACUCAAAGUGCUCAAUGAUACUUAUCUAUAUUAUAUACCUCUGUUGAUUUUUGUAUUAUUUUAUGUUGACUUUCGUUUUUUGUUGUUUGACUAUAGUGUUUUAUUAACUUCUCAAAAGACAGCUACACCUAUUCCUACAAGGUGAAAUGUAGAUAUUACUUU